AUGGAGGCGGAUGAAUCCCCUCCCAAUGGAACAGAGGUUAAAGAGACUAGAAGGGGAGAUGACUUCACUCCCAAUGGAACAGAAGUUAAAGAGACUAGAAGGGAAGAUUACUUCACUCCCGACAGGACAGAAGUUAAAGAGACUAGAAGGGAAGAUGACUCCCCUCCAAUUAUGACACGGCUCAGAGUAAGGGGUAUCUCCUCUCGCCCUAAGAUAGAGGCUUCAAAAUCAAGUGAGGAAGAUGGAGAAGACCUUCCCCCUAAUACAGAAGUCAUCGAGAGCAGGGCUUCAAAAAUAACAAAAUCCAUCUCUAGCCCCAAAGCAGCACCUCAAAGGAAGGCCAGGCCUCCAUCUUCUCCCCCCUGUACACCCAGCCCUGCCAAAUCCAAAAACAGAGCUCAUGCAGCCACACCUCUUAUCAGUGGGUCAGAGAGGAAGUGGAGGACUGAGGAUGAACCAGAUCAAGAGCCUAAACUGUUCCCCUUCGAACCAGCUAGGACUCCAGGACCCCAGCUAGACACUUCAAAGAACUACACUGUUCUAGAGCUCUUCCAGCUCUUCUUCAGUAAUGACGUUGUUGAUACUCUCUGCUCAAACACCAACAAGAACGCCAAGAGAAGACAGGAACAGGGAAUCAAAGAACCAUGGAAACCUGUAUCCGUGGAGGAAAUGUACAACUACCUCAGCAUUGUAAUCUAUAUGGGUCUGCUGAAUGUGCACACUGUAUCAGACUACUGGAAUCGAAACAGAAUAUAUUGUCUUCCUUUUUGCCGUACAGUCAUGACUAUGACAAGAUUUCGGGCAAUCACCUAUUCACUGCACAUGAGUGACCCAGCAGAGGAGGAGGAAAACGAUAAGAAGAAGGGGACUGCAGAGUACGACCAGCUAAUGAGAAUCAAACCUCUCAAAGACCAGAUAUUGGAGGCAUGCAGGGCCUUCUACCACCCAUUCCAGAACCUUUCCAUUGAUGAGCGCAUGGUGCACUCCAAGGCCCGCCACAGCCUCAAACAAUACAUUAAAUCCAAGCCCUACAGGUAUGGAUUCAAGCUGUAUGUUUUAGCUGAUUCACGAAAUGGCUACACCUGCGACUUCAAUGUGUUUAUGACCAAAAACCUAUCUGCUUCAGGCAAAGGGGAGAGCUAUGAUGUUGCCAUGAACCUGUUGAAGGUGCCAUACUUGGGCACAGGAUACCACAUUUAUGUUGAUAACUCCUUCACCAGCAUAUCUCUCUUCCGUGACCUGUACAAAAAGAAAUUGGGAGCAUGUGGAACCAUACGUGAAUUCCGUGUGGGCAUCCGAGAGAACAGCAUGCCUGCUCGAGCAGAGAAAGGAACCAUCCGCUGGCUCCGUGACGGCGAGCUGCUCUUCACCAAGUGGAUGGGCACACAACCAGUCACUAUGUGUACCACCAUUCAUAAGGCCUUCGCAGGGGAGCAGGUCAAAAGCAGAAAACAGAGCAAAAAUGGAUCCUGGACAACACAGUACAUACCCAUCCCAGAGGCGAUCAAGCCUUACAACAAAUAUAUUGGGGGUGUGGACCUGUCUGAUGCCCUGAUCAAAUGCUACAGUGUGGCCCACAAAACCAUGAAGUGGUACAAAACCUUCUUCUUCCACUUUGUAGACAUUGCUGUGGUGAACAGCUUCCUCCUGCAGAAGGACAUGGCCCAGAAGAAGAAGAAAAAGCCCAUGACCCACAAGCAGUUCAGGGAGCAGCUGUGCCUGCAGCUUGCUGACAUUGGUAAGCAGGAGGAGGCUGAAGAAGAGUCGUCAGAAGAGGAGGAGGAAGAGGAAGAGGAACCAGAGGAAGAAGAGGAAUUGGUGGAAGUGAAGCGACCAUGCUACCCUGUACCCAUAAUGGAUCCUACCACUGUUGAUUCCUCUCGAAGAAAAUCUAGUGGCAGGAAGAAAUGUUGUCUGUGCAAGGAAAGCCAGACCAACUGGCAGUGUGAGUCCUGUCAGGUGGCACUCUGUAUGAUACCAGACAGGAACUGCUUCAGAGUUUGGCACAUGAAUAAAAAGGAUCUCGUAGCAGAAGUUUUCAAGAGGCAUAUAAAGUAUAACCCAUACCCUACCCAUCCUUGGAUGGAAUAUGGGGGGGGAAAAAUUGAGUUUAAGUCUCAAAAACAGGCACAGAGUUUCAUUAAACGUCAUUUUGGCUUGAGGAACAACAGGAAGUGA